GGCAAAUCAUCUUCUCUCGGGCACCGAUCCUUUGAGUUGGUGGCUAGAUCAAGUUUAACUGCUCGGCCAAAUAAGGAAUGGUAUAAGCACAUAAGCACGCAUAUGGAUUCAGCAUCAUUGGCUCAAGUGCACUCCAGAAGGAAGAGGUUAAUUUCAUUACUUUAGUGGGACGAGAGACUUGAUGUGAUUUUACGAUGAAGAUUUAUUAAGACAAAUAUCUCAAGGUUGUUCAUGUUUUAAGUAUUGUUAAAUGUACGAGGUUUCCGCUGUUGUUCAAAGCAUUUUAAUAUUCGUUAUUUUCAAG